UUAACUUCCUUUGACGCUUGCGCAUUAGCAAUCUUUGCUAUGGCGGUACCCAUGCUCAUGGGUAUGACCACGAACUUGACUAAUGUACAGCACAGCAUACUUAUCUCAGAUUUAAGCUAGUGAUUGAAAGCAUACAUAUAAAAUAAGACUUAAUGAUGUUAGCAUUCAGCAGUUCAGAUGAUGUCAUGAUGACUAAACUAAAUGUAAUCCAGCAAGGACUGGCAGGUUUCACCGAGCUGUCAAAGAAGUAUGAGCUGAAAAGGUGUGCAGAGUGGAUUCGUGAUCACAACUUUGUCAGGGUAGCUCUUCAGUUUCCUGAUCAGCUUUUAGGAGAUUCGGUCUCAGUGCUGUCUAGUCUCCAAGAAAUGGUUACAGCCAAUAUUUUCAUACUGGGAGACACUUCAUAUGGAAGUGCUUUCUGCAGCUGCUGUGUGGAUGAAGUGGCAGGAGAACAUUUGCAGGCUGACUGCAUUAUUCACUAUGGACCUGCCUGCCUCAGCCCCACCCAGCGACUUCCAGUACUGUAUGUGUUUGCCUCAUGUCCUGUGGAUAUUAAGCACGCAGCCCAACAGUUGGAAAGCCUGUGUCCAGACUACAGCAAGCCAGUUCUCCUGAUGGCAGAGACCAGCUACCAGCAUGCAGUGGACUCCCUUUAUGAUGAGCUGAAAGGAAAAUAUAAUGGACUUGUGACAUCCCAGCUGAAGAUGCCUGAUGAUGUUCACGAAAAGUCAGCAGAUUCUGGAGAGAAAUCUGACAAUCUGUCCAGUGGGAAAGCAGAUACACAGAUUAGCACUUUCUGCAAGUGCAGUCGCUGUUUUCAGUUACCACCAGGUGUUUCACUGAAUGAAUGCUUAGUAUUUUUUAUAGGUCAAGAGGGUCUUGUCCUCACCAACUUUAUGAUGACCAUGAAUAAAUGUGGUUUUCUGACAUAUGACCCAGCCACAAAGAUCUGCAGGCAAGAAAGUCUUAAUGUUAAUAAAGCCCUCAUGAAGAGAUAUUAUAUGAUAGAGUGUGCUAAGGAUGCAUCCAUUGUUGGGAUUGUUGUGGGAACACUGGGCAUUUCUGGCACACGGGAUAUAAUAGCACACUUAAGGCUUUUGGUGAGAAGAGCAGGGAAAAAAUGCUACACAUUCGUGGUGGGUAAACUGAGUGUGGCCAAACUGGCCAAUUUUAUGGAGGUGGAUGUGUUUGUACUUGUGGCAUGCCCACUCAAUUCAUUGCUGGAUUCAAGUGAGUUCUAUCGACCAGUUGUGACACCAUACGAGAUGGAAGUCGCCUGUAACCAAGCCCGCGAGUGGACAGGAGAUUACUUGACAGACUUUCAGGAACUUCUGCCAGGAUCUGCCAAUUACAUUCAGACUACCGAAGGAGCUACUGAUACUACAUAUGUGUCUUUGAUCAGCAACAAACUGCGAAGGUUGGGAUGUAGCUCAGGGGAGGAUGAUGGACCAAACUCAGCAUCACUUAUUCUGCGCUCAGAUGCCAUGGGUGUGGCAUCUGUAGAAAUGGCUGGUGAUUAUUUGGCACAACGGUCAUGGAAAGGGCUGGAACAAAAACUGGAGAACACACCUAUUGAGAGAGUACGUGAGGGACGCCGGGGUCUUGCGAUGAGUUAUACGCAUGAGACAGAGUAACAGAACCUGGAGAACACACCCACUGAGAAAGAAUGUGAGGAACAUCAGGGCUUGCCAUGGGUUAUACACAUGAGACAGAAGAUUGGAGGAUACGUUCCUGAUGAGAGAUUUGCAAGGGAUAUCUUGUCAAGGGUCAUACACACAAGAAACAGAACCUGGAGAAUACACCCAUGAGAGGGAUGUUGUCUUCCUAUGGGUUAUUUGCAUGAGACUAGUCAGCAUAUUAUUGUCCUUUGUCAAAUAAGACUUCUCAGUUCAGUCUUACACAGCCACAAAAUGUCUUGGGAGUAAAUGAUGGUGGUUUUUUUUUUUGUUUGCUGCACUUGAAAGAUGAAAAAUACAGUAUCUCAAUAUGGUCA